GUGCGUUGUAGCAUCGUCAUAAUUGUCCUGUCGAGUGUAAGAAGCUGAUUGGCUGUUCUGAUGUGACGGGGGUUCUUGUCCCAGAUCGCAGGGGUUAGACAAUAAGGAUCCAAACAGCAGCAUUUCCAUUAAUAACACAGCAUAGAUGGAAUAUAUCUCUCUGUGAUUUUGAGCAGCUUUCGCUGACACACAUACAACAGUUAACGUAUAAUUUUAUGAGACGACUUGAAUAAUUCUUCUUUUUAUAUUUAAUCACUUAAAUAAAUCAAAUAGAUCCCAGAAAAGAUUUUGACUUUUUAGCAAAGAAAUGGUGAUGGAGAAGCCCAGUCCCCUGCUGGUAGGGCGGGAGUUUGUGAGACAGUAUUACACACUUCUCAAUAAGGCACCAGACUUUCUGCACAGAUUCUAUGGACGAAACUCAUCUUAUGUCCACGGUGGACUGGAUUCGAAUGGAAAGCUUUCAGAGGCAGUCUAUGGGCAAGCUGAGAUACAUAAGAAGGUAAUGUCCCUGCAGUUCAGUGAGUGCCACACAAAAAUCCGGCAUGUGGAUGCCCAUGCCACUCUGAGUGAUGGUGUGGUUGUCCAGGUGAUGGGAGAACUUUCCAAUAAUGGGCAGCCCAUGAGGAAGUUCCUACAGACAUUUGUACUGGCUCCAGAGGGUUCUGUGGCCAAUAAGUUUUAUGUUCACAAUGACAUCUUCCGAUAUGAGGAUGAGGUCUUUGGUGACUCUGAGGCGGAGCUUGAUGAAGAGUCCGAAGAAGAAACCGAUGAGCCAGAAGACAGGCAACCAUCACCCGAACCCCUCCAGGACAGCCCCAGUAAUGCAAACUGCUAUGAACCCCAUCCUGUGAGCUAUAACAAUGGUGUGGAAGAAGCUCAUGAGGAAGCAGUUAUGGAGCUAGAGCCUGAGGUUGCCCCAGAACCCAAGAUUGAGGAGCCGAAGCUCAAGGCAGAGGAGAAGGUCGUAGAGGAGUUUGAGGAGAAGGCACCGUCUCCUGUUCCUAUGGAAUCGCCACCUAACAUACAAGAACCACCCAAAACUUCAUCUUGGGCUUCUGUGACCAGCAAAAAUUUGCCUCUUGCUGGGACUGUUCCAUCCUCAGGAGCUCAACCACAUGUUGUUAAAGCACCAAACUCACAGCCCAGAGUUGAGACCAAGUCAGAGGUGUCAUCAGCUACAAUCCGUCCACGUGACCAGCGCAUCCGCGACAGACCUUCAGUAACCUCGAGAGGUCCUAGAUCUGAUGGUGUCUCAUCUUCUGACUCUCAAACUGGAAAGCCACAUUUCAGCUUUGUGAAUAAAGGAAGGGUAGAUGAGUCAAGUGAAAUGGACAGCAGAAGGGUUGUCAGGUAUCCAGACAGUCAUCAGCUGUUUGUUGGAAAUCUCCCUCAUGACAUUGAUGAGAAUGAACUCAAAGACUUCUUCAUGACAUUUGGAAAUGUUGUUGAGCUGCGAAUUAACACCAAAGGCACUGGAGGAAAGAUUCCCAACUUUGGCUUUGUUGUCUUUGAUGAUUCUGAGCCGGUGCAAAGAAUUUUAGGAGUUAAACCCAUCAUGUUCCGUGGUGAGGUACGUCUGAACGUGGAGGAGAAAAAGACGAGGGUGAUGCGUGAGCGGGAAACUCGUAGUGGAGGUGGAGAAGACCGGCGAGACACAAGGCGCAGUGACCGUGGUCCAGGUGGGCCGCGUGGCAUUCCCGGAAGCAGCAUGAUGCGAGACCGUGAUGGCAGAGGCCCACCUUCACGUGUUUCCACCUUACCUAAACCAGGCAUGGCCUCUGGGAAGGGCACAGGUCCUAGUGAGGGUCGUUUUACUGCUCAGAGGCGUUGAGAGGAAGCUCACCUUGUAGUUCGGAAGUAGUAAAAUGUUCAUGUAUGAUGAUAUUGAGAAGUCUAUGUAAAAACAUACAUCAGGGUUUUUUUUUUUUUUUUUCAGUUUUACUCCUUGUGUACACUUGCAUUUUUGCCUUUGGAAUGUAAGCUGUUUCUUGUGAAACAGAUCAACAGCUUGAACAAUGUAAUGACUCAAAACACACUGUUCACUUUAAAUUGGAAUUGUGCUGCAAGUCCUCUGGUUUGUCAUUUAUCAAGUGAUAACAAUUACAAACUUUGUAAGGAAACAAAUCAGUUAGGUAUAUUUAGCACUGAUAGAAGUCUAAUUUCUGCUCUGUGAUGUUUCUUUUAUUAGAUUACCUUCCAGUUGCUGUUGGUGUAAAAUGUGCAGAUUGAAAGGUGGCUUAAAAAAAAAUUAUAUAUACCGGUAUAUUAUAUCAUUUUUUUUUUUUUCCAGACUAGCCUUGUAAUGCAUAUUGUUAAGGUAUAUCCACUAAUCAGCUCAUUGAUAAGCUAAAGGCUACCUGCAGUCAUAACUGUGAGAUGACAAGAUUUAAUUUAUUGGUAAUGAAUUGUACUUUGAAGAAAAGGGGGAAAAAAGGAAAGGUAAAGUACAAGACAGUGAGAGUGGAGACAAGACAUGUCCUCUCCGGUUACUAUUUUUGUUUUUAUUUUUAAUGUACAGAUUUGAAAACAUUUUUCUUAUGUUCUGGGUCUGCCUGAAUAAGUGAAUGGAGCAUUAAUGGAAGCAUUUGUAAAAUGGAAAGGUGCCAUGAUUUUUGUGUCAAGGCAUUUUGGAUUAUUGCCGAAUGUUUUUCUAAGGCAGAGUCACUUUAUUACAUUUUUCCUUUUAGUUUUUAUAAUUCUAAUCUCAUUUUGUGAUGCGAGUUUCAUUUUACAUCCAAACAGUUGUUCUUGUUGUUUUAAAUUAAAGCAUAACAGGCUUUAUACAGGGUACAGAGAAAUUUUGCUUGUGCAUUUCUGACUUUCCCAAA